AUGCCGGCCAACCUAUUCUCGGUCCCGAUUUUCCUGAUAUGCUUCCGAGAAGUGCUGGAGGCCGCAAUUAUUCUCUCGGUCCUGCUGGCCUUGAUCGAGCAGAUUGUCCGGCCCAACGAUCACUCGCCGACGGCCACCAAGGACCAACUGUCGAUCGAGACCCCUCGUCUGCCUCGUCUCGAAGAUCAUCUGAACGAAUCUCACUUGGAGCUCGAAAGUCUCGCCAGUCAGGAGGAAGCUGCGCAUCCCGCCGGAAUCAUCAAGGAUCAUGAAGACUACCGAGAAAAAAUUAUCAAGCGGAUGAGAGUACAGGUAUUCUCAGGAACAUUUGUCGGCUUGUUCCUCUCCAUGUGCAUUGGUGCUGGAUUCCUGGCGGUUUACUACACGAAGUUUACAGACAUUUACGGAAACGCCGAGGAGCUAUGGGAGGGAAUCUUCUCUCUCAUCGCGUCCGCCAUGAUAUUUGUUAUGGGCAUCACGAUGAUGCGAAUCGACCGAUCUAAAAUCAAAUGGCGCAUCAAACUCUCCAAAGCAUUCGAGCAAGAGAAUAUGAUCGAUGCGGACGGCAAGAGUCCCAAAGUGCUCCCGAGGUUUCGGAAGCUGAUGUCCAUGCUACGAGUUGGCGGGAAACGGACGAAUUCAGCCGACUCGACAAGCAGCAGAUACAUCUUGUUCUUCCUGCCCGCAUUAACCGUUCUUCGGGAGGGACUUGAAGCAGUAGUCUUCAUUGGCGGCGUCUCCCUUGGCCAACCAGCAACAUCGAUCCCGAUCGCAGCCGUGACCGGAAUCCUUCUAGGACUCGUGAUCGGAUAUGCGAUCUACAACUCGUCCGCCAGGCUGAAUCUGAGCCUCUUUCUGACAAUCUCGACCAUCGCAUUGCUGUAUGUGGGCGCAGGUUUGAUUACCAAAGCAGCCUGGUAUUUCAAGAUGUACAGUUUUAUCCGCAUGGUCGGGGGUGAUGCGGCAGAAGCUGGCGAUGGACCUGGCUCAUUUCCAGUGGAUGGAUACAUCUGGCAUCUAGAUUAUGGAAACCCUGAAAAUAAAUUGGCUGCAGGCGGAUGGAUGAUUUUCGCCGGAGUUUUUGGUUGGAACAACACUGGGAGCAUCUUAACAGUGAUGAUCUAUAUUAGCUUCUGGUUGAUUGCCUCGGCGACACUGAUCUUUAUGAAGUGGCACGAGGGUCGCUGUACCAUCUUCAACUUCAGCUCCUCCGCGCGAAAGAAGAGGCUUGCACGAUUGAAUGAUAAUGGGAAAGACGUCCAGCAGAAAAUGUGA